GUUGCCGACUGGGUUGCGCGUGCGCAGCCUGUAGCUGUCAUCCGCGUAAGGAACAACAAGUCCCACCAAACGAGGGGGACGCAAGUAGUUACAACCGCGGUCGGAAGUGCGGUGGCUCUUGACAGGCAGCGCUCUUGGCUCUGGCACGGUCGACCCCCGGUCUCACGUACAGGUGGAAAGAGGCCUUUUUGUUGAGUUGAUGUAGAAGGCAGGUAUCAAAUUAGCAGCAGGUUCAACGUAGAGCAGCCAUGGCUGCUCAAUCAUUGGACCCUCCGCCAAACCCAAGCUGCAAAAUCAUGACUUUUCGGCCCACAAUGGAUGAAUUCAGGGAGUUUAACAAGUACUUGGCUUACAUGGAAUCAAAAGGUGCUCAUCGUGCUGGAUUGGCAAAGGUGAUUCCUCCUAAGGAGUGGAAGCCAAGGAAAAGUUAUGAUGACAUUGAUUGUCUGAUGAUUCCAGCACCAAUUCAACAGAUGGUUACUGGUCAGUCAGGCCUCUUCACUCAAUACAAUAUUCAGAAAAAGCCAAUGACUGUCAAGGAGUUUAGGCAACUUGCUAACAGUGACAAAUACUGUACCCCAAGACAUUUAGACUAUGAAGACCUAGAGCGUAAAUACUGGAAGAAUUUAACUUUUGUGGCACCAAUCUAUGGAGCAGAUAUUAAUGGAAGUAUAUAUAAUGAAAAUGUUAAUGAAUGGAAUAUUGCUCAUCUCAAUACCAUAUUGGAUGUUGUAGAAGAAGACUGUGGAAUCUCAAUAGAGGGAGUCAACACUCCAUAUCUGUAUUUUGGCAUGUGGAAAACAACAUUUGCAUGGCACACUGAAGAUAUGGAUCUCUACAGUAUUAAUUAUCUCCACUUUGGAGAACCCAAAUCCUGGUAUGCUAUCCCUCCAGAACAUGGAAAGCGACUUGAACGACUAGCUCAAGGAUUUUUCCCAAGCAGCUCUCAAGGGUGUGAUGCUUUUCUACGCCAUAAGAUGACCUUAAUUUCUCCCUCAAUAUUGAAAAAAUAUGGAAUUCCAUUUGACAAAAUCACACAGGAGGCAGGAGAGUUUAUGAUCACUUUCCCGUAUGGAUACCAUGCAGGAUUUAAUCAUGGUUUCAACUGUGCAGAGUCAACAAACUUUGCAACAAUCAGAUGGAUUGAUUAUGGAAAAGUAGCUAAAUUGUGUACCUGCAGGAAAGACAUGGUAACUAUAUCCAUGGAUAUCUUUGUGAGAAAAUUUCAACCAGACAGAUACCAGCUGUGGAAACAAGGGAAGGAUUUAUAUACCAUUGAUCAUACAAAGCCCACCCCAGAAAUGACACCUGAGGUAAAGGCCUGGUUGCAGAGAAGAAGGAAAACAAAGAGAUCUUCCAGGUGCUUCCAGCACACCCGAUCACGAUCAAAAAAGCUUAAAACUCCAGAGGACAAGAAGGUAUCAACCAUAGUGGUUGGUACAGAAAUCAUAGCCACCGAAGCAGCUACAGAUAGCUUCAAGGUCAAAGAAAAGCCAUCAGAAAAAGUAAAGCCAGUAAACACAGGAGUGCCUUCUGGGGAAGAACAAGACGCAAGCAGGAUGCAGAUAGAUCAGAAUUUAUUGGAUAACAGAAAGGUCUCAGGUAACAACUCUUCAAGCUCACAUCUAAGUCAUAGUCCUCUAAUGAAACAAAUACAUUUGGAAGUUAAAGAGAAAGGAGACUCUGGCUUUGUGUCCAUUUGUUCUGAAGAAUCUGCACUGGCUUUGUGUUCACCUGUUAACCGUAAUCAGGAAGAAGAUUUUCAAACUUCAACAACUUCAAGACGGACACUUGACUAUGUUUCUUCUGAAGCUGAGAGCUUGGAGAGAGAAGAAACUAGCAGUGUGUCCACAGAAGAGGAUGAUAUCAGUGAUAGUGAAAGCAGUGAAAAUGGCUUGGAACCUGGAGAAAUAUCACUGGUAACUGAAGGGGAAAGAACAAAAACAUCUAAAAGUUGGCGUCAUCCACUAAACAAGCCCCCUGCCAGAUCUCCUAUGACGCUGGUUAAACAGCAGGCAAUAAGUGAUGAAGAAUUGCCAGAGGCUCUCUUAAUCGAAGAGGAAAUACAAGAAACAGAGUCCUGGGCCAAGCCUCUUGUCUACCUUUGGCAGAACAGGGUACCAAAUUUCACUGCUGAAAAGGAGUACAAUGCAGCUGUUGCCAAAUUGGACCCCUAUUGUGCCAUAUGCACACUCCUUAAACCUUAUUACAAGCCUGACAAAACUAAUGAAGAAAUCUAUACUUCCUCAGAAACAAAACAAAGAGAAAUAUUUGUGGCCAGCAAAAAGACAAAACCACUUAUUCCAGAGAUAUGUUUUAUUUAUAGUGAAGAAAAUACCGAAAACUAUCCGUCCAAUGGCUUUAUUGAAGAAGAUGGAACAAGUCUGCUGAUAUCCUGUGCAAAGUGUUGUGUACAGGUCCAUGCAAGUUGCUAUGGUGUUCCUUCCCAUGAAAUCCAUGAUGGAUGGAUGUGUUCUCGAUGCAAAAGAGCAGCAUGGACAGCCGAAUGUUGUCUCUGUAAUUUGAGAGGUGGAGCACUCAAGCAAACUACAGACAAAAAGUGGGCUCAUGUCAUGUGUGCAAUUGCUAUUCCUGAAGUCAGAUUUGGUAAUGUCACAGAGAGGACACCAAUAGACACAAGCAGGAUACCUUUGCAGAGAUUAAAACUGAAAUGUAUCUUCUGCCGACAAAGAAUUAAGAAAAUCUCUGGUGCCUGCAUUCAAUGUUCUUAUGGACGGUGUCCAGCUUCUUUCCAUGUCACAUGUGCCCAUGCUGCAGGGGUGCUGAUGGAACCAGAUGACUGGCCUUAUGUGGUCUACAUCACAUGUUUCAGGCACAAAAUCAGUCAAAAUGUGAAAACCAAAGCCUUAGAAAAAGCUAUCUCAGCUGGGCAAACUGUUGUAGCAAAACACAGGAAUACACGCUACUAUAGUAGCAGAGUAACAGAAGUUACGUCUCAAGUUUUCUAUGAAGUCAUGUUUGAUGAUGGUUCCUUCAGCCGAGACACUUUCCCUGAAGACAUUGUGAGCAGAGACUGCCUGAAGCUAGGCCCGCCUGCAGAGGGAGAGGUUGUGCAAGUGAAGUGGCCAGAUGGAAAACUUUAUGGUGCAAAAUAUCUUGGAACCAACGUAGCGUACAUGUACAACGUAGAGUUUGAAGAUGGCUCUCAGAUAGCAACAAAAAGGGAAGAAAUCUACACUCUUGAUGAAGAGUUGCCCAAAAGAGUGAGAGCUCGAUUUUCUACAGCUUCUGAUAUGAGAUUUGAAGACACAUUCUAUGGAGCUGAUAUUAUCCAGGGACAAAAGAAGAGGCAGAGGGUAUUGAGCUCCAGAUUUAAGAACGAAUAUGUGGAUGACCCUGGAUACCGCAGCUUCCUGAAAACUUCAUUCCAAAAGAAGUGCCAGAAAGGACUAUAAAGGAAGGAAUGAACCCGUGCUCACCUGUUCUCUUUCUCUUUGUGUGUGGGGUGGGGACAAAAUGCAUUCAAUGUGGGGUAAAGAAAAACAGACAAAUACUGUCAUGGUUUUGAAGCUCUACCUUUAUUACAUCAGGUUUCUAGCUUGUGGUUAAAAUACUUCUUGAAGUUAUCAAGAGUUCUACCUAAAAAUAUUUCAGACCCAUAGAACCUCCUUAACUUCAGGGCCCCAAAUUUAGGGUAUUUUAAAAGCUGGAUAUCUGAUUCAAAUCAAGGAUUGAUAAAUAAAUAUUGGGAAUAAGGGACCCUGUUAGAUAGCAAGCAUAAGAACCACAGUACCACAAUUCAGUGAAUGCAUAGUCUUGCCUCCUGCUGACACUUACAAGAGAAGUUAUAUCUAUGGAGAACUUAAAUGGUUUGUUUAUUUUCCACAAGUUCCACCUUUUUGCUAUGGAACAUCUUAUACAUAUAUACAUACAAGUAUAAACAGCACUGAGAUCUGCAAAUGCUGUACUCUCAUAACUUUGUACAGUGCUUUGCCACAUUGUUUAUGCCUUCACUGCUUUCAGUACCCUCUGUUCAGAACUCAGUUUUUGACACGGGAUUUGGGUGGGUGGGUGGAAUAUUAAUGAGUAAAGGGCAGGAGCUUCUAAAAAAGGAAAUAUUCAGGAAAUGAAAGGGGUGUGUAUUUAAGGAGGGAAAUUUUGGGCAACUAUUUUUAAACUUUUUUUCAUGAUACACUUGGCGGGGGGAAAGCAAUUUGUACAAUAAAAUGUCUUUCAUUGUAUUUGUAAAAUUAGAGUUUACAUAUCUUUGCUUGGCAGGCUAGUUUUAAACUAAUGUAAAAUAGUAAUAUAAUUUGGUCUUCCCUUUUUAAAUAAUAGUCUGCAAAUGUAAUAGUGUUUGAAAUAAAUAAAUGAUGUUCCUUUGCUUACUAA